GCAGCCUGUCCAUUCACUUCUCCUCCAGCGCCGAUGCAGAAGUGGCCCUGAAUGUGGGCCGUUGCAUAACCCUUCAGCAGGGCCCCUUUUCUAUUUUUGUUCCUGGAUACGCGUCUCCGUGAGGUAUUUUCUGUGGUGACUCGCUUACAUCUGUAGGUCCUCUAAUGUACUCUCAUUGAGCAGGACGCCGAUGACUGUUGAGCUUUUGUGUUUUCCAAAGGGAUGCAUGGCAGAAAAGGGGGAAUUAUGACAACAUCUGCAUUUGACUGGAGACAUCAUCGGCUGAAUUUGGACUCCAGUUCGAGACGACCUUCACAUCAAUCAAAGACCUCAGAAGGACACAGAGAUGGUGCUGGCACACUGCCUUCAGAAACACUCUACUCAGGGCAUGACAAUUUGGAUGUGGUGCCCAAGCUUGACUGCAUAUAAAAAUGGAGACCAUUUUUAAACAACUUGAGUGAACCAUGCUCUUGAACAUAUGGAAAGGAUUAUUGGAUCAUUUUAAAAAAAUGAUGCAGCUGGACUGACUGCUGUACAAUCGCAGGGAACUCUCUAAAGCACUCAAGGAUUAAAAGAGAAUCUUUCAUCGAAGCAAGAUGAUGUUCGUUGUGAUGAAACCAAGGGCAAUGUAGCACCCAUAGCUUGCAAAUCCUUAUCAUGGAGGCUACUAAAACCUCAGGUGAAGUGGAAAGUUCCGAACAGAUUAUCAGUUUCAAAGAUGACGAAAAACACUUGCCAUCCGAGAUGACCCAAAGAGGCCAAUCCUCUGGCUCAGAGGACAAAAUAAGACUUGCGGAGCAACCCCAGACCCCAUCUGUAAGUCCAUCUCCUGGUAUAGAGCCGCAGGUCCUUGCUUCAGGAAAUACACUUACCUCAAAAUCUAAAGAACAGAGUCACGUCCAGCUCAGGAGGAAGAACGUUCCUCUUCCAAACAAAAGAUAUCUCCAGGCUGAGUAUGAGAUGCUUUCUGGGGGCCUUCACAAAAAGGAGCAGAAGUCUGUUAAAACUGGGAAAUAUGUCUGCCAGUAUUGUGGAAGAGCUUGUGCCAAACCAAGUGUACUAAAGAAGCACAUCCGCUCUCAUACUGGCGAACGACCGUAUCCAUGUAUUCCUUGCGGAUUCUCAUUUAAAACUAAGAGCAACUUAUACAAACACAGAAAAUCUCACACCCAUGCUGUGAAAGCAGGAUUGGUUUCAGUUUCAGAGCAAGACUGCAAGAAUACGGAUGAGGUGGCGGAGGGUGAAAUGCAUUCGGAUGCAGAACAAAGCAGCGAUACCGAUGAAGAGGUUGCGGAGGACUUGUCCUUGGAUACAACAAGCCAUAUUAAAGAAACAGAGGGUUAUGUGCAAGAAAAGGUCGGGAAAUUGGCCAAAAAGGAAGCCCUUUUUCCAUCGCAGACGCCACUCAAAAAGGAAACUGGACCAUCAGGAAAAGUUUCUUUAUGGCAGUUUCGGGAAAUGACGGCACCUGUGGCUAUUGCUCAGAUAGACCAAAUGGUUGAGUUUUCCACCAUCAAGCAAAAACUAGCACUACGGCUAUCAGAGAAGAAAAGUCAAGAAUCCGAUCAGUCCCUGUCCUUGCCCAGUUCAUACAGUAAAGGCAGCACCGAUUCCGGAUACUUCUCUCGUUCUGAGAGUGCAGAGCAACAGAUCAAUCAGUCGAGUGCAAGUGCCAAAUCAUAUCAAGAAAUUAUGUUUGGCAAAUGUUAUAGACCAGCGACCAGGCCAAAGCAAUCAAUCACUGUACAAACCUGCAUGACAGACAUAAAUGAAGCCACAUCUAGCUUCAUGAUUACACUGAACAAAGGCAUGAUGCCUGGUGACACGGACUCCUCCAUUCACAGAAGCAAAAAAGACCUAGUCCGAUCAAUAAAAAUUGAUUCAGAGUCGUUCCAAGAGGAAGAUUACCAAGAAUGUCAAAUUCCCAGCUCUGACCUUCUGGAAACAGCAUUGGAGAGUAGUGUAUUCUUGCGCAGUAACUCUCUUCCAACCUCAUCUAAGUCUAAUCUGAAUACACCACAAGGACUAAGAAGCAGUAAUUCAUUUGAUGAGAGAAUGACAGGUGCUGAUGUCACCUACCGGGGUGCAAUGGGUAUGAGGAGGCUCAUGCGGCAAUCUGCGUUUGAACACUCUGCUAAUGAAGGUCACGCAGAAUCAGACUGCUAUACUCAUUUGGCUUGUAGCUUAAAAUCCGACUUGAAAAUUCACAGCAUAGAUGAUUCCAAAAUGGCUGCUGAAAACUUUCAAGAAACAGAGACAUGUUCAGUUUGUCCAGGCCACUCGUCAGAAUCUUCUACAAGGAAACGAAGAAAAGACAAAACUGUCACGGAGGAGGAAGACUUUCAUAUUCAGGACAAGCCAUCAAAUGUGACUGGACUCUCAGAGGAUCUUGAGACAAAGCAAAUUUCUUCAGAUAGUGUUGUUUCUGACACUGAGAGGAAGGCUGGCAGCAAUGUUAUUUCUGUCAUUCAGCACACAAAUUCACUAAACAGACUGAACUCUGCAGAGAAGUUGAGUGAGGUUAGAUCCCAUCAGUUAGACAAAAUUGGCAAAUUCAUGGAAAAGGGGCAUAGCAUGGAAUGUCACAGAACAGGAUCAGAGUGUCAAUGGGGACCCUGUGGUUUUCUGCACCAGAAACUUCACAUGCAUAAACAGCCAACGUCUCAGCCUAAUAUCCAGGUCCCGGAGAUUAGAGUAACUGUGGAGCCUGACAGGCCUGAAAAAGUUCCAGAUGUCGGUGUUAAGCAAAGGGAAAAGCACACUGAGGAGUUCCAGUGGCCUCAGAGGAGUGAGACCCUGUCACAGUUUCCAAUGGAAAAACUACCACCCAAAAAGAAACGCUUGAGAUUGGCUGAGAUGGAAUGUUCCUCUGGAGAAUCUAGUUUUGAAUCCGCUUGCACAAGUCUCUCAAGAAGUCCAAGUCAAGAUAGCAAUUUAUCUCACAGCUCAAGUUUUUCCCAGUCCCUUGACAGAGAGGAGACCCUUAACCUUGUGUCCCAAAUUAACCCAGAUGAGUCUAGUAAACCAUUAGAGUUCUUAUCAGUGCCUGGGAGUUCACAGAGUCAUCAUCGAGAGAUGAGGCGCUCCGCUUCAGAGCAGGCACCCUAUAAGUUACCCUCAGAGAUUGCAGAAUUCCGAAGCAAGUCAUUUGAUUAUGGCAGUCUUUCUCCAUCAUCUACAUAUAGGCUGGAGGAGGUUAAAGAACGUAGAAGGGCCUUUUUGGUUAGACAGGCCUCAUUAAGUGGUGAACCUGAGACACAAGGUGGCAAUUUCUCAGAUGAAAUUAGCAAGAGAACAACUUUGCCGUUCACUCCUGAGGGAUCCAUUGAGAAAAUGAGAUACUCUUUGAUUUCUGGUAGUUCUUUUCCACAUCACAGACAAUAUAGCCCAGUGCAAUCCUCUUCCCAGCAUGUUAAACCAACUGUUUGCAAUGUCCAUGACAUGGAAAAUGUAAUGCUUGUAAUUAAGAAAGAACCCGAAGAGUCUAAAUCACCUGAAACUUAUGUUAACUUGAGAGAACCCCAAGAGGAUUGUUCUCAGAGUUUGGGCAAUGUUUUGUCAACAAUAGCAGUGCUUUCACAAGCUCAGCAAGCAUUAGCCAGUCAAUGCUCAUCUGGGUUGCUUGUUCCUGUCAGAAUUCAGAUGCAAGUACCAUCUUACGGAAACAUAACAUAUACUAGUAUAUCUCAUAUUCUGGAUUCUCAUAUCCAGAAACCCAUUUCUUGCCUAGAACACAAAAAAUCCUCCUCUCAAAGUCAACAACUGCACAGCCUACAAGCAUCACCAGCAAAGCUUAAAACAGGUAUACCUCUAUCAUUAACCUCCAAAACCAUUUCAACUACUGAAGCCCCAAGUGGUGGUGCAAACAAGCGUAUGCUCUCACCUGCAAGUAGCAUUGAACUCUUUAUUGAGGCAAAGCAGCAAAAACGAGUCAAAGACGAGAACAUUUAUGGUCAGAUUGUUGAAGAGCUUAGUGCUGUAGAGUUAGGAAAUCUUGAAGUUGAAAAAGAAAGUCCCAAGUCAGAAUUCACCUCCGAGCCCAUUGAUAAGAUGGAUAUGGAUGAGGCAACCCAAGAGUUUUACAGCAAUGCAGAGUUGCAGUCUUCAGCCAGAAUUUCUCAAGAUGCUGCUAUUAUGGAGCAAAAGCCAACACCUGAAAGCAUGAUGGCUAGUCAUCAUUCUGCUUCUUGUAUCAGUUUAAUGCCCUCUGCAAUAACUGGUACUUUACUGUUCUCAAAAUUUCCUGGUCUUCACACUACUACUUGCAUGAGCUGGUGCUAUCUCAAUACCACCAAACCAAAUAGCACCCACACAGUCGCACCAUUCUCAGAAUAUGCCUCAUGGUUUGUGAGAUGCCAUAACCCCAACCCACCAGAUAUUAGCACUGGGAUGGUUCUUGCCCUUCUCCGAUCUAAACAGCAAAGACAGAAUGCUAUUUAUACAAUUGCUACCAUCUAUCAACCUGGACUACUUGUGACUUCUACCCCCUGGACACCGAAGCAAGAACAAAUUGCACUGGACUACAGAGAGGAAGAUACAAAACAAGACAUCAGGCUAAGAGAAAUUAGCCACCGGGGCAAAUCUUUACGAGAGGAUGUUUCAUCCAUCAUUCGGCAAACAGAACCAAUGCGUGUAAAGAUAUUUGAAGGAGGGUAUAAGUCCAAUGAGGAAUAUGUGUAUGUAAGGGGCCGUGGUCGGGGAAAGUAUAUAUGUGAAGAGUGUGGUAUUCGUUGUAAGAAGCCAAGCAUGCUUAGGAAACACAUACGGACGCACACUGAUGUGAGACCCUACAUCUGCAAGUGCUGCAAUUUUGCAUUUAAAACUAAAGGGAAUCUUACCAAGCAUAUGAAGUCAAAAGCUCACAUGAAAAAAUGCCUUGAACUUGGAGUUUCACCGACAGCUAUGGACAAUACAGAAGAUGCUGAUGACACCCAGAAAUCCUUGGGCAUCAUGCCAGCGGAACAAACCAUUAAACAUCAAUUCUCAGAUGUGGAGGAUUCUGAUGGUGCCGAUGAGGAUGAACCAGACGAGGAUGAAGAUGAUGAAUGUGAUGGUGAUUCUACACCAAAAACGUUGUCUAGAAGCACAAGUCCUCAGUCCUAUGCUGUCAACAAGCCAUGUAUGUCUGGCUGCCUCCCUAAACACUUUGACUCAGGCUGCAAUCUACCAAAGGAGCAGCUUGAAGCGUCCUCUUUGACUAUUGAGGAUGACCUGAAUUCUGAUCAGUCAAGCUGCUCCUUUGAGCUCUGCCCACCUCAGCUGCUGUCACCUUGUUGGGACUCACCUCGACAGAGGUACAUGUCCCCAAGAGGAGAUCUCUCACCCCAACGUCACCUACUGUCAAGCCGAGAUUCAUCUCCAUUAAGGGCCGUUUCUCCCAGGAGAGAUUUGAGCAUCAGAGGGGAUUUUUCACCCAUUCGCCAGCUGUCACCUGUAAGACCUACAGGUUUGGACACAUCAGGACAGCGAGCACAGUCUCCACUGGGUCGACAUAAAGUAGCGCUCAGGGCUGUGUCUCCACGAAGGGGGUCUUAUCAGCACAGGACCCACAUGGAUCUGGGAAGGAGUGUAAGAUUUCAAGCUUCGCCCAUUAGACCAAUCAUUGGAGAGACAGGAGUGGAUCAAGGGGAUACUUCUCUUAAUCUCAUUGUUCCUGUUGGCCUAUGCAGCAGUAAAGAUCUGCCAAAAACCCGGCAGCCAGACAUCUUCAGCCAUUUGCCUUUGCACUCUCAAGGACAGGUGUCAACACCUGUUCCAAUGGUCCCUAUCGGAGUGUUAAGAAUGCCAUCAAUAUCGACCUCUGGUGCUGUUGCGGAGAGAAAUUCGCUCCCAUCAAUUCCACAGGGGAACAUUUUAGAAACGGCUGCGCCGGGCCAGACAUCAGCCUCUGUCCCAGAUCCAGCAGUGGCCUACAGUGGAGAAAUAGCAACCUAUUCCACUGGCCUUCCUAACAAAGAUGAUAAGAAGGAGGAGAGUGUCUACACCUGUGCAAAAGCUAUUGCUUCCCUCAGAAUCACAUCUGAAGAUGCCUCCGAUAAUCCACCUAAAAGCUGACUUUAGAAACAAUGUAUAAACGCAUUCGAAAGCAAAACUAAAUUCAAGCUCAAACCAGAAACAUACGUUAUGCAAGUAUUCAAAGAUAGGGAAUGGUUGUUUUUAUUGUUUGUGUUUUUGCAUUGCACUGGCGGUAGCAAUCUUCUCUACUCCCGGGGGCGUUCAGAUUACCUUUAAUUGUCUGUGCCAUUAAAACGGGUGUGUUCCACUUCACUUUUAGACUCCUACUCCCGAUAUUCCCUAAGCUUCCCAUCCAGGGGAAUCAGCCCUGCUAUGUUAAAGUGCAUUCCUCUUCAAGGAGUGGAUGGAGGAAGUUUACAUGCAUAGGCCUUUGACUUCUUGAGAUGUAACUACUUAUACGUAGACUUUUAGCUGCUUCACAUACCAUAAUGCAAAACAAUUGUGAUUGCCCUGUUGAUCGGGGUUAAUUUACCAAAAACUCAGAACUCUUUAAUAUAUAUGUAUUUUAAGUUUUAAAUAUUUAAAACAACCCAAGCAUACUUGUAGACCUUGUAGACUUAUAGAAUGAUGCAUCAAACAGAUUUGGAAAAAAAGUGUACAGAUUGUCUCCAUAGUCAAUUUAAAACACACCUGCCAACACUUCCGUUUUUUACAAGAUUCUCCCGUAUUUCAGGCCCAUCUCCCGGCCAUCUCCCAUAUUGUUCUGUCUCCCGGAAAACACUCCCUAUGCGCACCGAACGCAACACGCAACCAUCUCCAUACCUGCUCCCCACUCUUUAGUUUGCACGCCCCACCUCACUCUUCACUUCACAUGCCCCACCCCACUCUUCACUUCACGCGGAUAAAACCUCCCGGAUUGUAUGAUCCAAAUGUUGGCAGGUAUGAUUUAAAAGGAGCAAGGGCUUAAGCCCAAUGCAUACUUUUGGAUGGCUACAUUUCAUCAUCAUGACUGUCGAUAGACAUCUCUUCACAUAUUUUCUGCCCACAAACAGUGUGUAAAAUAGCGCAGGCACAAGGUGAAAGUUCAUGCAUAACAGUCCACUCUGCAUGUUGUACUCUGUGCUCAUGGUUUGAUGAGAUUGAGAUACAAGAGAUUGAGCAGCACAUGAAAAUAAAGUAAACACAGGCUAGUAAGAAGUUUCAGCUGAGCCCUUUGGAUUGUUUCGCAUCUUAAAAAAGAUGAGUCAACAAGAUUAAGGGAAGUUGGUGAGGGAAAGGCAUUAAUAAAAUGAAGUGGAAUACGACCCUUUAUAUGUUACUAUUCGAGAAGGUGCUGUAAGUAUGCCAAGUUUAACAAACUAACUUGCUAAGUUCUCCAUAGUUGAGCCAUAGCGCCCCCUCGCAGCAUUUUUAAUUGCACAUUUCAGAAGGUAAAGAUACACGAAG